AUGGAAGAAGAUCAUGAAGAUGACACUUUUGGUCCCUUUCAUUUUGUGAACAAAAGGUGGAUAUGGAUGCAAAGGAAGAAGAGGCAGCUUUCACUCUCCCAUCGACACCUCCAACAAGCAACGCCAUCAACUCCUCCCCCUCAACUAGACCGAAUCGGUGAAUUACCUGAUCACGUCCUUUACCACAUUCUGUCCUUAAUGCCCAUGCAAAUGGCUAUCCAAACCAGCGUCUUAUCAACGAGGUGGCGCCAUCUCUGGAAAUACACGCACGUUGUUGAAUUCCACACUUUACCUUGCUCUUUUUCGGAGAGUGUUGACUACGCUCCCAUUAGCCGCUCCUUGGACCUCAUUGAAUCUCCUGCUAUCAAAUCAUUUACUGUUGUUGGCCACGUUGGCUACUUUUCUCACCCCCACAUAAGAGAAUGGGUCAAUUUAGCACUCUCCAGAAACGUCCAUACUGAGGAAUCUCUUUUUACCAUUAAUGGUCAAACUCAAAAGCUGGAGGUUUUUGUUUUAAGCUAUAUUGACCAUACACCACCGCCCGGGGUGACUUUUUCUGGUUCUGGGUUUGCUUCCCUUCACACACUUGUUCUUGCAAAAUGUAAACUUGAUGACAGGACUGUGGAGUUGUUUCUUCUUGAAUGCUUGGUUCUUGAGGUUUUGGUCCUUGAUAGGUGUGUGGAGCUUGCUAAUGUCAACAUCAGGGGUCCAAAUCUAAGCUGCAACAUCUUGUUCUCAAGUGGUAUAAAGAUAACUAUAAUGAUGGGGAGUUUAGGUUAUUGGACGUUCAUGCUCGAGGGAAUAGGGAAAACAACCCUGCUAGGUAUCGAAGACCAAAUUAAUGAGGCAAAUAUUGACCACAUUAGAGAACUGAUCAAUCAAGUCAACUCAAGUGAAGACUUUGGGUCUUGGUAUGAGUUCGUGGCGAAAGAGUGCUACAUGAAGGGCAACCCAAUAUCCUUAGAAUUCGAAAAUCUUGAGCAUCUGUUUUGGUACGGUUCUCCGGGGUCUUCAAAUGUUGUUUACAACCUUGUUUCCUUCAUAGGGGAUUGCCCUUCUCUUGAGGAUUGUGCAAUAGAUUUUUGGGAGCAAUGUUGGCCUGCAUUCUGCUCUAUCAUACGGGGAUGUUGUGUGAAACCUGAAUUUGUUGAGGUGGAGGGUGCACAACAUCAGCUGUAUCAUGGAAGAAGUCUGAAAAAGCUUAAAUCAAUUAUGGUAAUAUGCUUUUCAGGAUUUGAAGGUGAAAUGAUGCUGGUGAGGUUGUUGUUGGAAAAGGCUGUUAAUCUUCAAAAACUGGAACUGCUCUGGCGGAAUUAUCCUAGUGACUUGACUGACAAUGUGUUGCAAAAUGUUAUUUGUAUCUCUUACGAAGCCCCAGAUGUUGUAGAGGAUUUACAGGAAUAUUCGAUUAAAGAAAAGGUCAAUAGUUUUCCUUAA